GGUCUGCAUCUGCAUCCUGUGCUCUGUCCUAAGCUCCCACAGGGAGCACAAGAUCAUCAGCUUAGAGGAGGCUUUUGGCCAAGCGCAGCGUGUUUUUCCCGAAACUCUAAAAGCAGUGAAAAACUAUGAAGCUGCGCUGGGUCGAAGCAUAGCAAACCUGCUGGGACAAGUGAAGGAAGUAAAGGCUAAGGAAAGUCUGCAGAGGGAACAGCUGGAGAGCCUAUUCAAAGAGAUCAGUCUGCAGCUAGAGAAAAAAAAAAGUGAGAUCCUGAAAGCUCUCAGUGACUAUGAGAACCAACAAGUUUCUCGGAUUCAGAUGGAGAUAAAGAACCACGAAAAGCAGAUGGAUUCAGCCAGCCAUGAUAUUCAGGAGCUGGAGGCUCUGAGAAAUCAGACAGAUAUACUUCUUUUCACCAGGGCUUUUACAGCAAUUCAAGCCAGGGAACGCAAGCCUGUUCCUAUCACGGAUGGUGUGAAAGUGCCAAACCCACCUAUUGCUUUGGAUGAAUCAAAAACACGCAAUAUUCUAUUCCUUUUCCAACAAUUCCUUUCAAACAUGGAGUCUUCAUUUAAACCACUACCUGAUGUGCGGUUUUCAACUCCUCACAGCGGUACAGGUGGACCCCAGCAUCCAUAUUACCCACCUAGUUUUUCCUCUUUUGGCUUUAACUCCUUCCAAGGCAGCUCUUCAAAUCCUGGUUUUUCCUCUGCCACUGGCUUCUCCUUUGGCUCUAGCUCUUCAAAUUCUGCUUUUUCCUCUGCCACUGGCUUCUCGUUUGGCUCUAGCUCUUCAAAUCCUUUUUCUCCAUCUACCACUGGCCUAUUUGGCUCUAGCUCUUCAAAUCCUGCUUCUUCCUCUACCACUGGCAUAUUUGGCUCUAGCUCUUCGAAUACUAGCUUUGGUGGGUUUUCUCAGAAAUUCUGAAAAAUUUGUAAAACCUGUGGGUUGAGAUAAGAGCAGUUUGAUAACUGAAACAAAGCAAAAUAUAAUAAUAAAGAUACUACUACUAAUGAUAACGGUAAUAGAAAGGAGCAAAGAGAGUGAGAAAAGCCAACUAAAACAAGUGAUGCACAAUAAAAUUGCUCCCCACCUGCCCAAUGAAUUCUAUCCCAGCCAAAACCAGGACAGGACUCAAAUCUGUGUAGUGCUGUCCCAGACAUGUAGAGUGUCCAGAAUUUCUGGGAGGUGAACACCAACAAUGAGAGCUGCUGGAAGCUUGGAGUCAUUUGUGCCCUGUCUGAGUGCUGCCUGCAAGUGCCUCACGAUUACCUCUGCA